CAUACUAGUAUCAGGUGACGUGAAAUCUUCCGUUCAAUGGCGUUUACCUCCCAAACUGCCUAGAAGUCUCGAGGUUUCUUACAAGUAAUUCCAACUCAUGCAGACUUUCUCUGCUUCUCCUCCGUUCAAGCAUUCCACUUCUCCUUCUUAAUACGUGAAAAUCUUAAAACCCAACGAAAAUGCAGAAAAGUCAAACACGGAUAGUGACGGAUAAUUCUAGGAAUCUAAAAUGGCAUCCAAACCCUCCAAUCUCAAUACACGAUCCCAGAAAUGGAAGAGAGCUGUCGUUGCCUAAAGGUUUUCACAAUGUUUGUUGUGCUUUUGUGGUUGGCAAGCUUGAGAUUGGCUUCUGCUCACGUAAUUGGGUAUGGGGAGCAGCCACUGUCCAAGAUUGCCAUUCACAAGGCAACUUCUGCACUUCGUGAGUCCGUCUCCAUUCAAGCGAACCCAGUUGUUCUUGGGUUACAGGGCGAGGACACUGAAUGGGUAACUGUGGAUCUUGUAAACCCAGAUCCUUCUGAGGAUGAUUGGAUUGCAGUUUUUUCUCCUGCAGACUUCAACUCAUCAACCUGUCUACCAGUGAAUGAUGAAGAUCAAGAACCAUAUAUAUGCACAAGCCCGAUAAAGUUCAAGUAUGCAAAUUCCUCCAAUUCAGAGUAUACAAAAACUGGCAAAGCUGUUUUGAAGUUCCAGUUGAUCAAUCAGCGGGCAGAUUUCUCCUUUGCAGUUUUUUCAGGCGGUUUGACAAAUCCUAAACUGGUGGCAGUUUCAAAUUACAUUUCAUUUGCCAAUCCUAAAGCACCUCUAUACCCACGCCUUGCUCAAGGCAAAUCUUGGGAUGAAAUGACAAUAACCUGGACGAGUGGCUAUGCGAUAGAUGAAGCUGUUCCAUUAGUGGAAUGGGGUCUGAAGGGAGAAACUCAAACUCAAUCUCCAGCUGGAACAUUGACAGUUGAUCAGAACAGCAUGAAUUCUUUUAGUACGCCGAAAAGAAUGGAAGCACCUCCGGCAAUCAGGAAUAACCUCCAAGGCAGGGGGUUCACGACGCCAGUGCUCUUCGCUCAAAAGAGGUUAGAGCAAAAAGAUUUAAGUCGAAACAAUGACCGCUUGCAGAUCCAAGUUGACCAAGUUGAUCCAAACAUCCAAAUCUUCAACGGCAUUGAGAACCAAAUACUGGAGAAUGGCAUCCAGAGGGUCGGCACCUCAUCAUACGUGUGGAGGAAUGGCUGGUACGAAGUGGCAAAUAAUCAGUUUUAUCCUAGUCUGCGGAUCUAG